GCAACAUUCAACUCAUUAUUUCAUAAUUCGAGUAUACGUAAACGUACCCUAGCUUUCUCAUUCAUUUUGCUUGAAUUACAAGAGAAUGUUUGAGCAUUUUUGCAUGCAUCACUCUUGGGCUCAUCUUUCUCUUUGUGGAGAUACCACUGCGUGAAUCGGUUUGGUUAUGACUUUCCUCUUCCGCUUCCCAUUAUGGAUAUUUCGAGGACCCCACCCCGCGGAAUUUGAAUACCACAAUCUCACAGAAGCAGAUGCGAUUCGUCUCCUGAUUGUGCAUCCAGGUAGUUCUUCUUCUCCCAUUCACUGCAGUCUCAUACACACGAGUUUGAAGGAGUGUCGACUAGAUAUCUAUGAUGGGUAUACCGCUCUCUCGUAUGUCUGGGGGGGAUCCAGGGGCGCGGAAAACGGUAUUUAUUAAUGGUCUUCCGUUUUCCCUAACGGCGAAUCUGGCAAAUGCGAUUGGGCAUUUGCGCGAUGAAAAUCGUCCGCUGCGGUUAUGGGCAGAUGCGAUUUGUAUUGAUCAGAAGAAUUUGGCGGAGCGUACUCAGCAGUUGGGUUUGAUGAGAGAGAUUUAUCGGCUGGGGGGGCGAACGGUCAUCUAUCUGGGUGAUUCGUCAGAGGGGGUGGAUACUCUGCUUGGGAAUAUUGGGAGAGAGGGAUUGAAUGCUCGGUUGUCGGAAGUGGAUGAUCUUGCAUUUCGGGAUGUUCUCUCGCGUCCUUGGUUUACUAGAGUGUGGACGUAUCAGGAAUUGCUCCUUUCUAGAGAAGUGGUUGUUCAGAUUGGUCGGUGUAGAGUGUUGUGGCAGGAUCUUUGUAGUGUUUUUUUGAAUGAGGAUUAUGAGUCUGUUAGAAAGUCGGAUAGCAUGGCUGGGUAUUUAUCAUAUUCACAAGAAAGAUCGGAUAUCGCUAUGAUCAACGCAGAUACUCAAGGCUAUUCGACUCAGAUUGAUUCAUCCUCACAUCUAUCUUUCAAGCCUGCGACUCAAGCGGAUGCUUAUAAUUUGGAAAUAUUGAGAAGUAUGGAUGUCUCGCGACGGAAGUUUCAAAGCGGGUUUACUGGCGGAUCCUCGCUUCUGAGCAUCCUCGUAUCUCGACAAGGGUCUGGAGUUUCCGACUUCAGAGAUAUCAUCUAUGGUUAUCUUGCAGUUGCUGAAAUUCGUCGUCCGUACAGUUAUGGAAUAUCUUCAUGUUUACGCCCGAAAGAUUACUUGCCAAUAGUUGAUUACACCAAGAGCGUGGAUGAAGUUUUUGUCGAUGCGGCUUUCUACAUUGUCAUUUCGACCGAACCACGACGACUCUGGGAUGUGCUAUUUCAUGCCGAAACUACGCAUCCCCACUUGAAACGACGAGACUUGCCAAGCUGGGUACCAGACUGGACUCUAGGACGAAAGGACUUGCCGAAUUCCAGCUGGCCGUUUAUGAGAAACCUUAGCACGGAUAUUCCAGCGCCUGGCGAAUUGAAAAUGAGCUCUAAAGUAGGACCCUGGAUCAUACCCGUUGAUCCCCAGAUUCUAACGGUAUACUGUGACCUUCAAGCUAUUGCAGUUGUUACCAAGACUGCUCGACCAGAUUUUUCAGGAUCGAAUUUUGCCGAGCAAAAACAGAUCUUGAUUGAUGCUUUCCACGAACUUCUUGAGAUGUACAGAGACCGGCCCAAACUUGACGCUCGACAGGUCUGGGAUCUACAUUUCAAUUCCAAGCUUCGGAAUCUAUACAAAAGUCUCUACGUAUGUUGGGAAUCUCUAGGGGUGGAGAAUAUUUUCUGGAAGAACCCCGAUCUACGACACUAUAAACUUUUCAGCAAGAUUAUGCAUCAGGUGUUUAAAUAUUGUAGCAAGCUUUCUGGAAUCGGCGAGCUUUCUGAAUCCAAACUGUGGCAGCUUCUUCACGGUUCUCCUAUUGCUAUACUACUCGUUACGGCUAUGUUCCCAUCUAGCGAGAAUCUCGUUAGCGAAAGAGCUUUUGCGCGAUUCUCUAAAUCUCCCUCUCUCGUUAGUAUAGGAAUUGUUCCCCGCUCGACAAAGACGGGAGAUUUUGUACUCCAUUUUUACGACGGGACGGAGAACCAUUCUUGCGGAGUCCUGCGACCUAUGAAUGAUUACAGGAAUGAAUAUCUCGAUGAAGAAAUCAAAGCUGGAAUCGCCGCGCAGGGUUUGAGCUCUGAUGUUUUGAUCUUUCACUGCGCUUAUGUUGGGAAGGGCUGGGUGGAUAAAGGAUGGGUGGAUAAGGGUUGGGAUGUCAAGAUGCAUGGAAAUAGUGAUGUGGAUAUGGAUAUGCAUACGCGCAGCAAUGCUGAAAUAGAACUAGAGAAUCCAGGCAGUAAAUGGAAACCCAAUUGGGAUCGUGUCUUAGGCGAGUCUAGCAUACGCUCAGAAUCUAACCCAGAUCUUGGCUCCGCACGACCACCAGAUGCGGAUUCGAAUCGGGAUCUGAAGGUUCUGUCAGAUCUAGAGUCCAUCUUCUACGCAGCGGAUUGCAAAGAUGAGCUCAAAAUGCUGUUGAAACUUCGCGAGUUUAUGGCGGAUGAAUUUCAUGAACCUGUGGAUUCGUUGAUGAAUCUCAUGCGAGGAUUUGACAGGGCAGUUAAAAUGGCGGAUUUCAAUCCGGUCAUGACGGUUUUGCAUUGAGCGGAUUUCUGGGAUUUUGAUCCGUAUCGUUUAUCGAGAUGGAAUUUUGGGUAUUCGGCGUUUGGAACGGAGAUUGUGGUUGUGGAAAUUUGGAGAUGGAGGGAUUGAUGCUUGGGUUUCUACUAAAUCUUUGCAUGAAUGCAGAUGUUUCUAGAAGAUAAGAGAGAGGAUAUAGUAGGAGAUUAUUAUAGCAGUAUAGAAGAUUUCUAAUUGAGCAGACACUUGGCUGCUCAGAAGAUCGAGAGGGUUGUAUAUACUAAUUGAUGGUAGAUUCAUUCCAAGAGUACUCUUUGAGAGAACUACUAGCAACUCUGUAGGGGUAUGCUUUAAUUUGACUUGCGAGUCACCAGUUCUCACUUUGAAGUAGCUGUUUUUCCCAAAUAGCUAGACGGAUAUACAGCGAAUCCACCAAUUGGAAAGGUUGCCGUCAUAGCGAUGUUGAAAGUAAAUUUGAAAGUUUUUUUUUAGAUGAAUUGUAUUUGAGUAAUUUGUAUUUUAGUUUCAUCUUUUGUUUCGUUUCACAAAAGAUUGUUUUAGAAACAGGACUAGUAAAUAAUAAGAAUACA